UCAGAAACCGUCACUGUGGCAUCGGGCGGGGAUGAAAAUGGAGGCGCAAGACUCCCAACGCCCCACGGAAGCGGAGAGGUCGCAGAGGACGGGGAAGGCCCUUUUUGUCAACCAGGCCGAAAGUCUGGGAGAAGGACUGAGACGGGCCACCGCCCAACAUAAGGUGAAACAGGAACCGGGCGAAGGGCUUCUCCAUCACUGGGAGGCCCAAUGGCAGGAGUUCCUGAAGACAGUAGAGUCCCCUCACCCCGGUUGGGGAGCCCCACAGUUGCCGGAGGAGCCCACACCGUGGGAUGACACCAAGGUCUUCCUGGCCUCCUUCGAGCAAGUGGCCGAGGCCUGCCGGUGGCCCAAGGAAGAGUGGGCGGCCCGGCUCCUGCCGGCCCUCAGCGGAGAAGCUGAGCAGGCCUUCAGCAAGCUGGAGGCUGGAGACAGAGAGGAUUAUGGGAAGGUGAAGGCGGCCAUCUUGCACGGGGACGUCAUGAGCAGGGAGAAGCAGCGGCAGCACUUCCGGCGUUUCUGCUACCAGGAGGCCGAGGGGCCCAGAGGGGCCUACAGCCGGCUCCAGGAGCUUUGCCAGGGGUGGCUGAAGGUGGAGAGGCACUCCAAGGAGCAGAUCCUGGAGCUGCUGAUCCUGGAGCAGUUCCUCACCAUCCUGCCGCCGGAGAUCCAGAGCUGUGUGAGGGAUGUUGGGCCCGAGACCUGCUCCCAGGCGGUGGCCCUGGCCGAGGAUUUCCUGCGGUUGCAGCGAGAAGCCGAACGACAAGGAAACCAGGUGGGAUUUGAGGAGCUGGCCGUGGGUUUCUCCGCCGUGAGCCAGGUGCCACCUGACGUCGAGCAGAGGCAGCUGUGCACGGAGGCCAAGAAGGAAGAUGAGGCAGAGGCCAGACUAGCAGGUAAAAGGUGGCUGGGUGUGCUUGAGGGUGAAAAAUAUACAUCAGAAGACUCCGAGCAAGUCGGACCGUGUAGCCUGGCAGUAGAGAAAGCAGAAGAGAACUGUUCAUCGUGUAGCGAGCAGGAAAAUGCCCCUGAGAAUCAGGAAUGGCCAAAUGAAACCCACCCAACAGACCGAGCGGACAGAUCUACUUCUUGUGGGGAUGAUUACAAGGACUUCAGUGAAAGCACAGACCAGCAGGAAACCCACACUGGUAAGAGGCACAACGCAUACAGUGUUUGUGGGAAAAGCUGUAGUCAGAGCCCAGGCCUUAUUCUUAAUCAGAGAACCCAUGCAGGAGGAAAGCCACAGAACAAAUGCUUGAUUUGCGGGAAGUCUUUCCUUUAUAACUCAGACCUCAUAAUUCACCAUGGCAUCCACACGGGCGAGAGACCGUAUGAGUGUCCCGACUGUGGCAAAAGGUUCAGCCGCGGCUCUGAUCGCAAUCGUCACCAGAGAAUCCACACGCAAGAGAAGCUGUACAAGUGCCUGGUCUGUGGGAAGUGCUUCCUUUAUAGCUCAGACCUUAUCAUUCAUCAGAGAAUCCACACGGGUGAGAGACCCUACGAAUGCUUGGACUGUGGGAAAAGGUUCAGCUGCAGUUCUGACCGUAAUCGUCACCAGAGAAUCCACACGGGGGAGAAACCGUAUGUGUGCUUGGACUGUGGGAAAAGGUUUAGUCAGAAGGUUCACCUUAAUAGACAUCGUAGAAUUCAUAUGGGAGAAAAAACAUACAAAUGCCCAGAGUACGGGAAAAGUUUCGGUGUGAGUAAAGGGUGGUUGAUCGUAGAUGAGGGAGACAAAGAUGUGCCAGAAGAUUCAAAGCAAGCAAGAUCACAUUGGAUAACAAAAGGAGAGACUGUUUCCCAACGUUAUCGGCAAGAAAGUGCCUUGAGGGGCCAGAUGGAUAGUCAGUGCAAGCGGGAAACUCACCUUAUGGGGAUAGUGGAUGAUUCUCCUCAUUGUGAGAAGGACCUCAGGAAAACCACAGUACAACAAAGAAUCCACACUGGCAAGAGGCAAAACACUUGCCAAGCUUAUGGGAAAAGCUUUGUCCCAAGUGCGGGCUUCUCUAAAAAUAAUGCGCUUGUAAAAGGAAAGCCACAGAGGUGCUUGCUUUGCAGUGAAAGCUUCUUUCGUUCCUCCGAGCUUAUCAUUCACCAGAGAAUCCACACCACCAAGAGAAUGUACGACUGCCCGGAGUGUGGAAAAAAGUUUGGUAAAAAAUUUAAUCUCCAUCGGCAUCAAAGAAUGCAUGCUGGUAAAAAACCACACAAUUGCUUGGAAUGUGGAAAGGCAUUCAGGAGCAGCUCGAACCUUCAGGUUCAUCAGAGAAUCCACACGGGAGAGAAGCCGUAUAAAUGCUCCUAUUGUGGAAAAGGAUUCAGGGACAGUUCACACCGCGGACGCCAUCAGAGAAUCCACGUCAGGGAGAAGCUGUAUGAAUGCUCAGAGUGCGGGAAAGGGUUCCACCAAAACAUCGACCUUAACAGCCAUCGUGCCAGCUGCACAGCUUGCACCCAGAAAAGCUUCCUCUUUCCCGCUCUCCCCGUUUACCUGCUGCCGUCGCCGUCACCGCCGCCUCACUCCUGCCGGAUUCUGCGGCUGACGCAUGGUCCAGUGACGUUUGAGGAGGUGGCUGUGUAUUUCACCCAGGCAGAUCGGGCCCUGCGGGAUUCAGACCAAAGAGAUCUGCACAGGGAAGUCAUGGAGGAGAAUUAUGGGACGGUAACCUCUCUGGCAGGUAACGGACAAGGCAGUGAAGUUUAUGGAGAGCCAUCUGGGAUGUACUUGGAAAAUAUCAAGAAUAAAGUGGAAGAAAAUACCUUUGGAGACCCACAGGGGUCAAGAAGGCAAGGAGAAAACGCAGCAGAUGUUGUUGAAAUCCCAGCUCAAAGAACACACACCAAGGAGAAGCUGUUUACAUGCUUGAUGUGUGGGGAAAGAUUCAGUCAGAACGCAAGCCUUAUAUCCCAUCAGAGAAUCCACACAGGGGAGAAAAAAUUAAAGUGUUUGGAGUUUGGAAAGGGUUUCAGUCAGAGCGUACCCCAAACAUCACAUCCGAUAAUUCGCACAGGAAAGAAGCUGUGUCAAUGCCUGGAAUGUGGGAAAAGCUUCAGUCGGAGCACAAACCUUACCAAACACUUAAGAACUCACACAGGAGAAAAACCAUUUAAAUGUCUGGAGUGUGGGAAAAGCUUCAGUCAGAGCUCAAACCUAAUUUCCCAUCAAAUCAUUCACACAGGGGAGAAGCCAUUUCAGUGCCUGGUGUGUGGAAAGAGCUUCAGUCAGAGCACAAAUCUUACUAAACAUGGAAGAGUUCACACAGGGAAGAAACCUUUUAAAUGCCUAGAAUGUGGCAAGAGUUUUAGUCAGAGCUCAGACCUUAUUUCCCAUCAAAGAAUUCACACAGGGGAAAAACCGUUUAAAUGUCCUGAGUGUGGAAUGAGCUUCACUCAGAGCACAGCCCUUACGAAACAUGAGAAAAUUCACACAGGAGAAAAACCCUAUACAUGCCUGGUGUGUGGAAAGAGCUUCAGCUGGAGAAAAAACCUCACUUCACAUCAAAGGAUCCACACGGGAGAGAAAACAUACAAAUGUCUGGAGUGUGGGAAGGGCUUCUAUCACAGCUCAAAUCUUAGUAAACAUGGAAGAAUACACACUGGAGAGAAGCCAUAUAAAUGCUUAGAAUGCGGAAAGACCUUUACUGUAAGCACAAGCCUUACUUCACAUCAACGAAUCCACACAGGAGAAAAACUAUAUAAAUGCCUGGAGUGUGGAAAGAGCUUCGGUCGAAACACAAACCUUACCAAACACUUAAGAACGCACACAGGAGAAAAAUCAUUUAAAUGCCUGGAAUGUGGGAAAAGCUUCAGUAGCAACGCAUACCUUACUAUGCAUCAAAGAAUUCACAUGGGGGGAAACUGUAUGAGUCCUUGGAAUAUGGAAAAAGCUUUAGUUAGUACACAACCUUUAUUUUCCAUCAAUAUGUUCACACAGGAGGAGGCCUUAUAGAUCAUGGGGUUGUGGAAAGUGGUUCAGUAAGAGAAUAAACCUCAAUUUCAUCAAAGAAGACACCAUACA